CCCUCCCGACGCCAACCCACAGCAACACGAUACCGGACACGAGCGGUCCAAACAAGCCUGCAAAUAAACGAGGCGUUCCCAUCCGCCCCAGCCUGUCUGUCUGUCUGACUAACGGAGCUCCAAAGCGUCUGGAACCAGCGCAGUCGACCGCCCCGGGGAAGAUCAGCUCCAGAGAUAUACGUUCUCCCCCACCUCCGCUUGCAAAGCUCUCCAGUGAUAUUCCUUUCGUGUGUGGAAAGACUAAAAAGUCGCUGCGAUUGGAAGAUUUUUUUCCCUACAAGACCGAGAAAUAAGCUGGGACGCAGGAGAGAACGAACUCGCUAGCUGUCGGCUAAUGGGGAGCUUCUACUACAUUUAGCUACCUAGCCAAGUAAUUGGCUAACGUGUAAUUACAUGGGAACGUCCUGUUUGCAGCGCAGACGCUGGGGAGGACAUCAGCGGAUGGUGCAUGGAUAAUUAAAUGGCAUAUCCGUCGUUUUAGGCGACAUUUUUCGUCUUAAGCCAAGUUUUUUUUUGCAGCAGCGGCAGGAGACUGGCGUCCAGUGGCUAGCAUGUCAGCUUGUAUAGAUGGCUUGUUUUCGCAAUUGCGUUUUAUAUACGCCCGACAUCUCAAGCGCAUAGCUUUUAUGCAGCAAUUAAUCACGGAACGGCGUUAACUUAAGUUGUUUACUCCCCGCUUGAUGGCACAGCGAGCAUCAAAUGUAUAACUGUACGCCAGGAAGAGCAUUUCGACCUGAGGACUGAAGGAAGAAACAUUUAUGUGGUGACUGCAAAACGAAGAGGACCAGAAAGUACAUCGAGUGUGUGGAUUAGCUCCAAGUGAAAGACCAAAGUCGAUCAAUACGAUCAUGCCUGUGGGCCGAACUACAACGAUGCAGUGUCUGGCAAAAUUCGGCUUUUGCCUGGCUCUUCUCCUUACCCCGGUGGCUGCGGCACAGGGCGAAGAGCGAGAGUGUGCCUUCAUUGACCAGCAGCAGCAGUCGGAGGUGGAGCGAUUGGCCGGGGGCGAGGGCCGGGUCUCGCCCGAGAAUACCACCAUCCGAUGUGCCAAGGGCAGCCAUUGCUUCGGCUUGUGGGAGAAAAGUCCACCGGGCGAAGUCCGAUUAGUCAAACAAGGUUGUUGGUCCCACCUUGGAGACCACCAAGGAUGUCGCGAUGACCGCUGCGUGGUGAACAAUCUUUCGCCUCAGACCCAGAACGGGACCUACCACUUCUGCUGUUGCGGCACUGACAUGUGCAAUGUCAAUUUCACAGAAGACUUGACGACUCCCAGUCCCACCACUGCACAACCAAUCUACCCGCGCUAUGAAGAGACAAUAAACAUUGCCCUGGCAACCGUCUUUGUGUUGGCCGUCAUCGUGGGAGCUGCUUUCUUUGGUUACCGCAUGAUGCAUGGAAAUAGUAAGCAAGGUCUUCACAAUCUGAAUAUGAUGGAAGCUGCUGCCUCUGAGAGCUCUUUGGACCUGGAUAAUCUCAAGCUUCUCGAGCUGAUCGGCCGGGGUCGAUACGGCACUGUCUAUUGCGGCUCCCUCGAUGAACGACCUGUCGCCGUUAAGGUCUUCACAGCCGCCAACCGGCAGAACUUUCAAAAUGAAUGCUCCAUCUACCGGCUGCCACUACUGGAGCACGACAACAUCGCCCGCUUUGUGGGCGCUGAUGAGCGGACGGGCCCAGAGGGGCGCACCGAGUACCUGCUGAUCAUGGAUUACUACCCACAUGGAUCUCUAAGCCGCUACCUGAGCGUUCAGACCAACGACUGGGUCAACAGCUGCAGGCUUGCUCACUCUGUCACUCGUGGAUUGGCGUACAUGCACACGCAACUCUUCAAAGGAGACAUGUACAAGCCAGCAGUCUCCCACAGGGACCUGAACAGUCGGAAUAUUCUCGUUAAGGCCGACGGCACUUGUGUAAUCAUCGAUUUUGGGCUGUCCAUGAAGCUGACGGGUAACAGGCCAACACGCCACGGCGAGGAAGAUAACGCUGCUAUCAGUGAGGUGGGCACCAUCCGCUACAUGGCGCCAGAGGUGCUGGAAGGAGCAGUCAAUCUGAGGGAUUGUGAGUCUGCGCUGAAACAGGUGGACAUGUAUGCUCUGGGCCUGGUCUACUGGGAGACUUUCAUGAGAUGUACAGACAUUUUCCCCGGCGAAUCUGUACCAGAGUACCAGAUGGCCUUCCAGGCAGAGGCAGGGAACCACCCGACGUUCGAGGACAUGCAAGUGCUGGUGUCAAGGGAGAAACAGCGGCCCAAAUUUCCAGAGGCCUGGAAAGAGAACAGCUUGGCUGUUCGCUCUCUGAAAGAGACAAUGGAAGACUGCUGGGACCAGGACGCGGAAGCCCGCCUCACAGCCCAGUGUGCCGAUGAACGGGUGGCCGAGCUGCUCCUCAUUUGGGACCGCUCCAAAUCCGUCAGCCCCAAGCUCAACCCUAUGUCUACCACUCUGCACAAUGAGAGAAACCGCGUGACACCCAAGUCUGGCCCGUAUGCUGAUCACUCCUCCACUUAUAUUGAAGAGCAUGAGGGCGUGGCCAAAAACGCGCAGGCCGAUACUACGAGUUCCGCAGGUGUCCGAAUCGGGGGUGGGACCGGGGAGAGGAACAGGAACUCCAUCAACCAAGAACGCCAGCAGCAAGCCCACGCCCGCCUGCCCAGCCCAGAGAGUAGCAGCACUAGUGGGGCUUGCUUGGGUCUAAGAGGGAGCCCCUCAGAAUCCACCACAACCACCACUAUAAUUUCUGAGUCUGAGGGGCCAACGGGCUGCAACACGGUCCCCGUUUGCCUCCAUCUAACUCAGGACGACUUGGAGACCACCAAGCUUGACCCCAAAGAGGUGGACAAGAACCUGAAAGAAAGCUCGGACGAGAACCUGAUGGAACACUCGCAAAAGCAGUUCUGCUCGCCAGACCCGCUAAGCCCGGGUAGUUCCAGCUUGCUCUACCCUCUCAUCAAGAUGGCGAGCGAAGCCUCGGGUACGGCCGAACCAUCCGCCCCCAUACCUGCCGCCGUCUUCCCUCUGCCUAAGCAGCAGAAUUUGCCCAAAAGGCCGUCAAGCUUGUCCCUGCGUAGCAAGCCAGCCAAGAAGGAGUCGUCGUCCUCUUCGCUCAGGUUCAAGUUUGGACGAUCGGGAAAGUCCAACCUUCGGCAGGUGGAGGGAUCAAAGAUUAACGGCGGUGCGGUAACGGGCCCAAACGUGGAUACAGAAGCUCAUCGGGGCACGGGCAUAAAUAAUAUACCUGCCCUACGGGACGUGCACGCUAACGGCAGCAUUAAUGGCGCCAUCAACGGUCACAACAGCGGGCUUGUUUCUUCUGCGGCCAUUGGCGGAAAUGCAGGAUUCGGAGGAUCCGGCGUUCCCAACGGAAACGGAGUGUUACAGUCCGAUGACAGUCGACUCAGCCUGGGCAUCAUCACGGCCAGCCCCGACGAACACGAGCCGCUUCUAAGCCGUGAGCAGCCGGAUCCCAGGGACGCGUCUUCGAGCGUGGCCGCGCUGCGCUCGGCUCGACCCAAUACCAACAACAACAACAGCAACACUGGCCACGAUGAGAGCGGAGGCGAAAGCGAAGGGGGCGGAGACGAGGACACGGAAGGAGGAAGCGGGGCACCGACGGGGCCCCCGACAGAAAGCGCGGGACUCGCUUCCGGUGCCCCGGACCUCCCGAUGACGGUCACCAUGCGAGAAGAGUCCCUGCUUAGGCAGCCCAGAGUUCGCAGACCAGAGAGACCAAACUCCUUGGACCUGUCCUUCACCACACAGGACCUGGCUUCAUUAGGUGACAGCUUCGGGCACCCAGGCAGCUCCUUGGGCACCGGAGAUAAGAUCAAGAAACGAGUCAAGACGCCAUAUUCCCUGAAGAAAUGGCGGCCCACCACUUGGGUCAUCUCCACGGACGCGAGGGGGCUCGAGGUCAACAACAACAACAACAGCGGGUCCGGCCGGGGCCAAGGCCACAGCCACAACCGGCCCAAGUCCACUUCAGCCAUUUACUUGCGAGGUGGAGACAUGGUUGGCGAGCGUAGCGACACUCUGGUGUGAGUGUACGGCCAGCAGCUGUUGAAGACUGAACAAACACACAAAGUUUUUUGGGGGCGGGGGAGGGGUGGGGUCUGAAUCAGCAAGAGGAAGCUACGUGGAAUAGUACACUAAGAGUCGAGUCCCAUGUACAGUACACUAAUUAGGUUUUCUUGCUGUGUCUUUUCCGAUGAACAUCAUUUGCUUUAAACGCAAUCCAAGCUAUGCGGCAUUCUCUCCCGCUCGUCUGUCCCGUUCUAGCCGUUCCUCACAAGCAUCCGAGUGUUUUCUUUCCUCCCUACGUGCACUUUGAGCCGAUGAGAUCGGCGUUUGGUCCUGCCCUGCUCGUCGUGACGGCGCCACCGCACGGAAUGCAAUCAUGUGCUCUUGUUUGUUUUCGUUCAAGCACAAAGACCCUCUUGAAAAGAAGAAACGGUCUUAAAAGGCAGAGCGAUGUUUUAUUUGUAAUUUUUUAUUUGAUUUUUGUAUGCAAGACCUGUCGUCGUGGACUAUCUGUGUUCUGUACCAUCGCAUAAGUUUAAUUGUGCAAUAGGAUGUCGCUUUUAGAUGCUCGUCAUGUUUCUCCUUUUUUGUUUUUAACCCUCAAUCAUAUUUUGAAUAUGUCAAUCUCCUUUGCACUUACGAUUAGUCACAAUCAUCAACCUUGCCCCCGCCCCUGUUUGAAGUGGAAAAACAAAUGACAAUCCUUCGUUUUCCAUCCCAACAAUCGAGCUCGUUUGACUGGUUGAGAAAGUUGGGACUUUUCCCCACCCACUUUCCACACAAUCGCACCAUGAAUCUUUUUUUGUUUUUUAUUCAAUCUAUUUCAAUUUUCAAUCAAUUUUUAAUUCAAUCUCUUGUCUCAGUGUCACUUGACUUCAUGUUUGAUUGAAUCACAACCAGGAGACUUUGUGCUUCUUGGAACUGUACUGGAAAUGAGAAGAAAAAAAA